CCUUCUUAGUCUUCUAACUCUUACACUCUACUUAACACACAAACACAUAUAUAUAUAAAUACAUUAACAAGCCGCCAUUCUCACUAUAACUUUCAACUCCAAACAAUACCUAAAUAAAAUAUACAAAAGAAACCCUAAUUAAUAACCAAAGUUAUAUACAAAACACACUUAUCCAGACCUUUGCAUUUGAUUUGUAGAUAUGGAUGCACCACCCAAGUACACAGGUGUAAGGAAGAGGAAGUGGGGGAAAUGGGUUGCUGAGAUUCGUCUCCCAAACAGCCGCGAGAGGAUCUGGCUAGGCUCUUUCGAAACCGCUGAGAAGGCGGCGCGUGCUUUUGACGCGGCUCUUUAUUGUCUACGUGGCCCCGGUGCGCGUUUCAACUUCCCGGACAAUCCACCGGAGAUACCAGGCGGACGUUCUCUGACGCCGCAGCAGAUUCAGGUCGUAGCCAGCCGUUUCGCCUGCGAGGAAGCGUUACCACCGCAGCAGCAGCAGCAACAGGAGGCUCCGUCCUCACCACGUGGAGAUAAGACGGAGGAUGGAGGGGGAAUUUCAGCACGUGGGGAUAUUAGUGGUGGUAGUGGUGGGCCGACGUCAGGUCAAGUUGGGGAGGAUAAUAACAACCACGAGGAUAAUAGUAAUGAUACGACAACGUAUUGGCCAUUUCUGUGGGAGGAGAAUCAUGUGGUUCCUACUACGUCGGAAGAGUUUGGAACUUUUUUCAUGGACGAUGAUUCGACCAAUUUGUAUACGCAGCAUCAACAUCAGCUCUCAUCUGAUAGUUACUACGAUGGAGCUUAUGUUGUUGAAGACGAUCUCUCUCAUUACAAUAUUAACCUUUGGAAUUUCUGAGAUCCGAAUUUUUAUCAUGGGUCUUGGACCAAAAUAUUCCAAUAUCAUUACAGAAGGUGAAUGAUUAAAUUACCAGCCUCUUAGUAUAGUAAGAGUAAUAGCUAGGUAAUUCAUCUUCUUCUUCUUUUUUUGAGCAAAGUAAUUCAUCUUCUUUGUCUUUCUUUUUUUUUUUUUUCAAAUUUAGACCAAUUUAUUUCACAUAUCAUUUGUGUUUUAUCAUGUGCUUUGUAUUAGAUACACUGCACACUACUUCCAUUGUAGUUUUCUUUCUUUUUCUUUUCUUGGAUUUGAUUGUAUUUCCCGUAAUAAGCCAAUCUUGAUCCCAAUUGUUUGUCAUAGAUUGUUUCAAAGUGUAUACAUAAAG